AUGACCACGAAAGGCGUCGCUGGGCACGCGGGGAUGGCUCAGAGUUUGACGCUCCGGGGGUCACUAAAGAGAAUUCUCGAGCUGAUUGAGACACCAGAAUUGGGUAAAAAAUGCCUGAAACCAGAACUGAGUAAAAAACGCCUCAAAGCAGACGCGGGUACAAGGAGCCGCUCCUGCCUGUGUCGCUGCGCCGAGCCCGCCAGGGGGCGCCCCGCGGCUCAAGCCCGGCGCAUGCGCACAGCGCCGGCGGGAGCGGCGGGAGCGGCAGCGCUGGCGGCGGAGCAGCAGCGGGGCAUCAGCGGCGGCGGCGCCCGGGUGGGGCUGUGCCUGCUGUGCGGGCUGCCCGCCGCCGGCAAGUCCACCCUGGCCCGCGCCCUGAGCCGCCGGCUGCCGCAGCGCCGGGGCUGGGUCUGCGCUCUGCUCGAAUACGACGAGCUCAUCCCGCCGGAGGCCUUCCGGCCGCGCGCGCCGGGGGCGGGCCCCCCACAGCCGUCCCCAUUGCUGCCCGGCUGGAAGCAGAGCCGCCGCGAGCUGCUGCAGUGCCUGGAGGGAUUCCUGCGGGCGCUGCUCACCGGGGCGCCGCUGCCCGGCCCCGCGCAGCCGGGCUGGGAGCGCUUCCUGGGCUGCUGCCGCCGGGAGCGGCUGCUGCCCGCCCCGGAGGGUGACACCGGAGCCGCCUCCCGGCCGCUUCUCCUCCUGCUGGAUGACAACUUCUAUUACCAGAGCAUGCGCUACGAGGUGUACCAGCUGGCCCGCAAAUAUUCCCUGGGCUUCUGCCAGUUAUUUUUAGAGUGUCCACUGGAAUGCUGCCUGCAGAGGAAUCGCCUCAGAAGUGAUCCUGUGCCUGAGCAGACAAUACAAUUAAUGGCAAGGAAAAUAGAAAUGCCAGAUCUCAGGAAAAAUGCCUGGGAGCAGCACAGCCUCAUUCUGAGCAGUUCUGAUUGCAUCUCAGAGGACAAUGAGCAGAUCAUGAACUUGCUGACCACUGCUUUGGAAAAUCCAGAGAGGCCAAACGAGGAGGACACGGAGCAAAAGGAGGCAGCUCGAGCCAUCUGUGCAGCCAGUGCUGUCCAUCAGGCUGACCAGGCGUGCAGGAGAAUCAUCUCUCAGGCAAUGCAGGAUGCCAAAGGUAAAAACGUUCUCCCAAGUGAGAUGAAGAGCUUGGCAGAGGAACUCAACAAACUGAAAGCAGAAUUUUUGGAAGACUUGAGGCAAGGAAAGACUUUGAAAACCCAAUAUUCUGACCCUGCUACAAGUGUUAUUUCUUCAUUCCAACAUGAGGCAACCAGUCUAGUAAAUAAAUAUAUUUUAAAAUAAUGACAUAGAGAAUGUUGGGUGUUUAGGAGUCCAAAGUAUUUCAAAUGCAGUAUUCUGAGCACUGCUGCUGAGAGAUCUGAGGUACAUCUCCCUUCUCUGGAGCUCCUAUGCCUCUUCUCCCCAGGAUAUGGAAGAGAAACAGUUUAAUCAAGUCUAACCAAGCUGUUUUGGGCUGUGGAGAUAAAGCCAAGAGUGAACCCUCCUGAGAUUUAAAUUUCACAGAAUCAGAGAGUUAACUCAGGACAAGCACUUGGGAAAUCACCAGCUCCACCUAUGGAAGGAUAUGCAAUUAAGAAUUGACAUGAGACCUAAUUAGAAAGUGUUAUUUUAUUCAUAUCUUACAAAAGCAAAGCUUCACAACAUGAACUACACGAGAUGGAGUUAUUUCAGAAUUAACCUUGUCAUCUCAAAAACGUUCACUAACAUUAAAAUUUAUUUUACAACUCUUAACAGGUUUCAUUUUUGCAUAAAGUCUGCUCUUUACAGUGAAAUAGAUAUUAUUAACAAAGUAGGUACUUAGAAGAACAUACACAAUGAUUGCUCAAUGAAAAAUGCUUUAGCAGGAGAGAGAUUUCCUGCAGCAGAACACCCAUUUGCUCUAGAUUUUCAAAGAUGCUUAAAAUUAGUAGAAAACUUGCCAGUGAAGACUUCUAAAUUACAUUCCCUUUGUCAAAAAGAAACAAAAAUAAACCCCCAAAACAUUCUGGAACAAAACAAACAGUAACAGAUUAUUUAGUUGGAAAACACUGCUGGAAAGUGUCUCCCAGUACUGAGUUUUAUAUUAAAAUGCCAAUCAACAUUUUAUGUCUAAAUCCUCUUCAUCUAAAAAUGUGUCUGUGAAAAAACAACUAUUUUUUCUAUUGCCUCCCUCACAGUUUAACUGAGAUAAUAAAGAUGUUCAAAUAUUCAAAUAUCCAUUGGAAUAUUCAGUCUCAAAACAGUAAAUGUGUAUUAAGAGUCCUAUAAAUAGUGCAUGUUAGAAAUGUCCACAAAGCUAUAAAAUAAGCUAUGACAAUAAAAACAAAACCCCCACAAA